UGGAAGUUUACAGGUGUCGGCUGUUCCUGAAUCCGUUUUCUCUCCUUUUCUCCGCUUCUCCGCCGUUUAGCACUGAAGAAUGAGUGCUUAUAGACAAGAUUCAGCUCGGGAUUUCCAGUUCUGAGACGAAGCUUCAGCACUGGAAAGCCGUUCAGCACUAUAGAAUCCCUGUGCGGAGUUUCCUUCCGCUCAGGGCCCCGAGUGCCGACGCCACUUUCCCCGCGAGUUCUGCACUGGGCGGCCAGUGAGGACGUUACUUCCGACUUCGGUACCCUUAGUGCGGUAUUUUCUUCUCCACAAGCUCCGUGAGACGUUUGAGACUUUUGCCUAGCCUCCACCAGGCCUUUCUUCGCCUUUCUACGGGAAUACGGAUCGUAGAAUUCGGCAAAAAAAGAGUAAAAUUGUCCAAGGGAGUCCGUCCGCGGGGAGGCUUACCUGGGUGACGUCAUCACUUCUGACAAGGUCCAGAGAAAAGUCUAGAAGGUGAUGGCAAACAAGAAACUGGUUAAGAUGAAGGAGAAACUGUUCCAGAAUGGGCAGGCCUACUGGAGAGAUGCUGAGUUCUACAGGGAUGACAUGAACUCAGUGGAGAAGCUGGAGUUUCCAGACUGCAGUUUUGAGUGGAAGCCUCUGACCGACGGAACCUACAGCCUGACCAUGAAGAGUAAGGACCCGCCCUGCUUCCCAGACUUCUUAAGGAGCGACUCGAGGACCGAGAAGGUGUCUCAGCUGCACCUGUCCGUCAACAGGAUGAAGAAGAUACCUGCUGGCAUCAGCAUCUUCUCACAGGUUACUGAUGUCAAACUGGAUCGGAACAAACUGAGAAAACUCACACCAGAGUUCACCCAGCUGAAGAAGAUCAAGAAUCUGGAUCUUGGAAACAACGACUUCAGGAAGUUUCCGGAUGAGAUUAAGGAAUUCCAUGACCUUGAGGUUCUUCGGUUCUCGGUGAACCAGGUGGAGGAGAUUCCUUCAGGUGUGUUUCCGCGUCUCCCGAAGCUGAAGAACCUUCGGAUCGGCUCCAACAAGCUGAAGUCUCUGCCUGAGGACCUGGCACAGCUGGAGAAUCUGGAGUAUCUGAAGAUCUCCAGUAACAAGUUCUCCUCCUUCCCUCCACAACUCCUGCAGCUGCCCAGCAUCAGGCAAGUCUGUAUCUCAGCCAACAAGAUCACCGAGGUUCCCCUGGAGUUUUUUGACAAACCACUGGAACUCUUCCAGGCAGAGGACAACCCCUUGUCGGAGCCUCCUCAGGAAGUCUGCAUCCAAGGUGUUGCAGCGAUCAAACAGUACUGCCAGUCCCUGAAGACAGAAGAUGUGAUCGAGGACUUGCGUAUCAAGCUCAUGCUGCUGGGAGAUACAGGUGCAGGAAAGACCAGCCUCUGCAUGUCCCUGAAGACAGGACAGCCUUACUUAGUGGACAUCCAGAACCGAACCCACGGCAUUGACAGGCAUGACAUCACGGAGGGGGACGUCACCUUCCUGACGUGGGACUUCGCAGGACAGCAGGACUACCUGGUCACUCACCCUGUCUUCAUCACCAAGGAUGCUCUGGUGCUGCUGGUGGUCAACCUGGAAAGAUACAGGCUGAAUGAUGAAGACUCGUACAGACGGGAAGUCGGGGUGUGGAUCGACAACAUCGCGAUGAGGGUUCCCGAUGCCACCGUCCUCCCGGUUGGGACACAUCUGGACAAGAUAACUCCUGAAGAUGCUCAAGAGAAGCUGGAUGAGAUCUUUCACAAGAUUAAGAAGGAGCAAGAGCAGAGGUUGAAGACGGUUAAGCGACACAUAGCCCAGCUGAAGAGGAGGCUGGACCAGCCCUCGGGCGGGACGGACACAGGUGUGCUGAUGCACCUGCUGACUAACCUGGAGGAGAAACAGGGACUCCAACUCCAAGUACAGGAAGGAAUUGCCCUCAGCUCGAAGGGACUGGAAGGAUUUACCGACUUCAGGCGGACGGUGGCCGAACUCGCACAGAAGCACCUCCAACAGGCUCGGCGCAAGAUCCCAGCGACCUGGAGACAAGUGGAGGAUCUCAUGAAGCCGGCUGAAAAGGAAAAUGGACCUGGUGUGAUCUCCAUUGACGAUGCUGUGGAGGAAAUCCUGCAUGGUACAAAGGUCACAACCUCUGAGGAGGCCAAGGUCAUCCUGGGGUACCUGCACGGCCUUGGGCUGCUCAUCUGGUACAGUGAGAUCGACUGUCUCAAGACUUACGUCUUCAAGGAUCCUGCAGCUCUCGUGUCUGUCUUCAAGGUGGUGAUUCGAGACAGACUCCAGGAGGAGCUGUCCAGCAUCACGAAGGACCAGAUGGGGGAUGAAGGGAUGACUGCAGCGAAGUUUAAGGUGCAGCUGAAGAAGUUCACGAGGAAAGCCCUUCUGGACCACAGAAUCUUGAGUAUCCUGUGGAAGAAAGCGAAACUCAACGAGAUGCUAAACGUUGAAGAAGAUGAGAAGCUUCUGGUGGAUGUCCUUGAACAGUUCCAGUUGUGCUUCACCCACACGCCAGCUGAACCGGACGCGCUGAACCCAGACGCUACCGAGUUCCAUCCCGGGUCGCCAUGGACUCCGCCCGGCAACAAGGCCCAACCGACCCCAGACCAGCUGAGGAGAAGCACCCUGUAUCUGUUCCCCUGCUACCUGCACGACUCCCUCCCCGCAGAGGAAUGGUUCGACCCUUGCCCGCCUGAACAGGAGCAGAUCAGGGUUGGCCUGACGUUUUUCCCGGAGGUCCCGUACGGGUUUUUCGAGCGUCUGUGCGUGUGUCUGCACCAGCUGAGUCCGGGGCUGCGGCUGUGGAGGAACUCUGCGAAACUCGCCCAGAACAACGUCAGCAGCGUCAUCAGGAAACACCGAGGUCAGCACGGCGACAGCACGGUCAACGACCUGCAGGGCAUCUGGAAUGACCCCACCAUCGAGAUGGUUGCCAGGGGCAACAAGUCCGACCCUGAGAGCUGCCGUGAGAUGUUGUGGGACCCUGUGUUACGUGUGCUGGGUGUGGCCCAGUCGCUCCUGAGUUUGUGGCCAGGCGUAAACAUCGACAUGUUCUCCCUCUGCCCUGACUGCGAGCCAGGCGAUGCCGAGAUGUUCGAAGUUCCCCUUCCAGUCAACCUCGAGAGUGACCAAGGCCAGACUGCGUACUGUGAAGCCUGUGAAAAACCUGUCCCCCGCGCACUUGUCUAUCCAGUAGGCACGGCGAAUCCUGAUGCGGAAACCCAGAGCCGGUAUCCGCUGGUCAACAACAAGUCUUACUUCUACACCUACAACUUCCACGGCUCCCCUCUCACCAACUGUCAGGUGGGCAACAGGAACAACCAGGUGCUCAGCAGUACCACUCAGGGGGGGUCUGCUGGGGGGGCUACAGGGGGAACAACCCCCCCUCCUGCAGCAAUGUACAGGGGGGGUGCCACAACUCCACCAGGAUAUGCCAACAGGGGGGGCACCAGUCCUGAUCCAUCUGCCAACAGGGGGGGUGCCACAGCCGGCAUGGCAUCACCACCAUUUCCUACCUGUCCACAGCUACAGCCUCAGUACAACCCUGUUACAGCACUCGGCGGUGGGGAGUGGUACAGCCAACAACUCUCGCCACCGUACUACAACCAACCUGCAUCAUACUACAACCAACCACCGUCGCUAGCACCCCGGGGCACCUACAACAGCCAAUCAGGAGGCAGUACCUACAACAGUCAAUCAGGAGGCAGCACCUACAACAGCCAAUCAGGAGGCAGCACCUACAACAGCCAAUCAGGAGUCAGCACUUACAACAGCCAAUCAGGAGGCAGCACCUACAACAGCCAAUCAGGAGUCAGCACCUACAACAGCCAAUCAGGAGUCAGCACCUACAACAGCCAAUCAGGAGUCAGCACCUACAACAGCCAAUCAGUAAGCAGUACCACCAGGCCCAAAACUGUAGGCAGCGAAUCGCCUGCCCCCUUCCAGGAUGCAGGGCCCUACAACUCUGCAGAAACUCAGCCCAAACAGCUUGGGCCUUCGUCAGAAACACGGCCAAAACUGUUAAAGUAAUAAAGCAGUGGAAUCUUUUCAAACUGGAUAAAUUGAAAUUUUAAUAUGUAGACAUUUCAGGUACCGUCUGGUACCUUUCUUCAGUACAAAUGUUUAUAGAGGAAUUUGCGGAACAAGAAAAAAGUUUGUAUGAUAAUAUAGGAUGCAUGCAACAUAUCGUGUACAUGCAUUUGUAAAUAUGACAUAAUACAUUGUAUUAUACAUAUUAAAUAAUUGUGCAUGUAGUGAAACAUCAUACAUGUAUUCAGUUGAAAUGGCUAAAAAUAUUGUCCACCAUAUUGGUAUAAACAUUAUUGUAUAUUUUGUACUGGAAGUCUGAAGUCGGCUAUGAAAUGUUUGCAUAGGCUCUAAAUAUCACAUCUUGUGAAAUUUUAGAUUGCACUUUAUAAAAUGUUGUCAAUCAACUACAUGUACAUGUAUGUAUAUGAGAAAUGUUGUCAGUGAGAAGUUAAGUGGAUUUUAAAUUUCCUUUCUAAAUCUACAUCAGUCUACAUUCCAUCUUUAUAAGGAACCCACAAUGAAAUCAAGAUGUAUUAUGUAAUAAUAUA